GUUUGUGUUUUUCAGGAAGUCCCGCAGCUGAUCAUGUGAAACAAACACCGGCAUGUGCAUUUUCAACAUCGCUCCUCGGGCGUGAGAUCAGGUGAAGAAUCAGCAUGUCGCUGCUCAGAGCUGGGAACUCUCUGCUGCUGCUGCUGCUGCUGAUGCUGUUUGGACCUGCGCUCAGCGCCCCUCGGUCGUUCAGCAUUGAUUACAAGAACGACUGCUUUCGGAAAGAUGGGGAGGAGUUUCGUUACAUAUCGGGAGAAAUCCACUACUCCAGGAUUCCCAGUGUCUACUGGAAAGAUCGGCUGCUCAAGAUGUACAUGGCGGGGCUGAAUGCCGUCCAGACGUACAUUCCGUGGAACUUCCACGAGGAGAUUCCAGUUCAGUACAAUUUCAGCGGAGACAGGGAUUUGACACAUUUCCUAAAGGUGGCGCAGGACGUGGGUUUACUGGUGAUCCUCCGGGCGGGGCCGUACAUAUGUGCAGAGUGGGAAAUGGGAGGGCUGCCGGCCUGGCUCCUCAAGGAGAAAGACAUUGUGCUGCGGUCUUCAGAUCCAUAUUACAUCGCAGCAGUAGACCGGUGGAUGGGGAAGCUACUGCCGAUGAUGAAACCUUAUCUGUAUCAGAACGGUGGUCCCAUCAUCUCUGUGCAGGUGGAGAAUGAAUAUGGCAGUUACUCCGCUUGUGAUUACAACUACCUGCGUCACCUGACCAAGCUGUUCCGCUCCCACCUGGGCAACGAGGUGGUGCUCUUCUCCACAGAUGGAGCUGGGGUCUCCUAUUUGAAAUGUGGCACAAUACAAGAACUGUAUGCCACAGUGGACUUUGGGCCUGGUGCAAAUGUAACUGCUGCCUUUGAGGCACAGAGAUCCGCUGAACCUCAUGGACCUUUGGUGAACUCUGAGUAUUACUCGGGCUGGCUGGACCACUGGGGAUCCCCUCACUCCGUUGUCUCGACUGCCCAAGUGGCCAAGUACCUGAACAAGAUCCUGGCCACGGGAGCUAACGUCAACAUGUACAUGUUCAUCGGUGGAUCAAAUUUUGGAUUCUGGAACGGUGCCAAUGCACCGUACGCCGCGCAGCCCACCAGCUACGACUACAACGCCCCCCUCUCAGAGGCAGGAGACCCCACGGACAAGUACUUUGCCAUCCGAGAUGUCAUCAGCAUGUACCGUAAGAUACCAGACGGACCCAUUCCACCGAAAACACCAAAGUAUGCAUACGGUGCUGUUAAAAUGACAAAGCUCCAGACGAUCCUAGAUGCAGUAGAAGUACUGUCUUUCUCCGGCCCGGUCAAAAGCAUCUAUCCUCUGACGUUCCCCGACCUGAACCAGGCUUUUGGAUUUGUGCUGUACAGGACGACUCUGCCCGUCGCCUGCAACACACCCACUCCCCUGUCGUCCCCUCUGAACGGAGUCCAUGACCGAGCCUAUGUGUCCAUCGAUGGGGUGGCCGUUGGGAUUCUGGAAAGGAACAAAGUCUUAAGCAUCAAUGUGACUGGGAAGGCUGGAAGUCAGCUGGACAUACUGGUGGAGAAUAUGGGACGAAUCAACUACGGAAGAGAUAUCAAUGAUUUCAAGGGUUUGGUGUCUAACCUGACUCUGGGGAAGGACAUCCUUACUGGUUGGACCAUGUACAGUCUCAGCAUAGAUGACGCAAUCAACCAGGGCCUCAUCCAGGCAAAAGAGCCCCCACUAUCAGCCCCCCCUCCGCCUGCUACUCUCUCCCUCCCAGCCUUUUACACUGGGAGCUUCGUCAUCCCUGACGGAAUCCCGGACCUCCCCCAGGACACCUACAUCAAACUGCCCAAAUGGAGAAAGGGCCAGAUCUGGAUUAACGGCUUCAACCUGGGACGUUAUUGGCCAGUCCGAGGCCCCCAGGUGACACUUUUUGUCCCGGCCAGCCUCCUGAGCACGGCUGCCCCCAACAACGUGACCGUCCUGGAGCUGGAGGGGGCUCCUUGCAGCUCCGGGCCGUGCACUGUGGAGUUCACCGACUACCCCAUCAUAAAUGCAACAGCCCCCGCUCACUACAAGCAGCGCUGGGGCCCGUUUACUAGAGAGAUUUUGUUGGAUUGAUGGAGGAGCCCACUGCUGAACAAACUGAAUCAGUUUGCUCUACUUAAGGAUCUUCACAAAGAGAUUAUUGCCAAUCAAAGAAAAGCCAAAACACAGCCAUCAGUGUUUCAGAGUACAUUUUAUUUGUUUAUGUGAAAGACAAAUCAGGGAAAUAAUGAGUUUAUUAUCAUGCAACAUUGUUGGACUACUGUUUUUAAUUGAUUAGAAUUUUCUUUCAGCCUGUCUGAUUUAUUCCUUGUGAAACGAGCAAGAAAAUAAAAAUCUAAAAGUA